ACUUCCGUAGGUGUUGCUAUGGGGAUGAGGGAGCAGGCUCUCGCGAGAGGAAGGCGGGCGGCGCGGCCUUGUUGUUGUUGGGCCUGGCUGCUGCGUCGAGGAUGAAGGAAGGCAAGGAGAACGCGAGGCCCAAGGAGAAGCGGAUGGCGGUGGGCGGCGGCGCGGACGCCAAGGCCGGAGGAGAGCCCGACAGGCCCGGAGACAGGCCCCGCGACAAGAAGGAGCUCCUCAGCAAGGUGGUGAUUCGACGCCUCCCUCCCAGCUUAACUAAGGAGCAGCUUGAAGAACAUCUCCAGCCUUUGCCAGAACACGACUAUUUUGAGUUCUUUGCUAACGACACCAGUUUGUACCCUCACAUGUUUUCCAGAGCAUACAUCAACUUUAAAAACCAAGAAGACAUAGUUCUGUUCAGGGAUCGCUUUGAUGGUUAUGUUUUUGUUGAUCACAAAGGUCUGGAAUAUCCUGCCAUAGUGGAAUUUGCACCAUUUCAAAAGGCUGCCAAAAAAAAGAGUAAGAAAAAGGACGCCAAAGCCGGGACCAUUGACGAUGAUCCAGAGUACAAGAAGUUCUUAGAAAGCUACAGUGCCGACGAUGAGAAAUUAACAUCCACCCCUGAGACGUUACUAGAAGAAAUAGAGGCAAAAAACAAAGAAUUAAUAGCCAAAAAGACAACUCCUCUGCUGAACUUCUUGAAGAAUAAACAGAGGAUUAGAGAAGAAAAACGAGAGGAGAGGAGGAGGAGAGAAAUAGAGAGGAAACGACAAAGGGAAGAAGAACGAAGGAAAUGGAAGGAAGAGGAGAGGAGGAAAAGGAAAGAAGCGGAAAAAACCAAAAAAGUGGAGAGGUGUCCAGAGAAAGAAAGGGACAGAUCCAAGGACGAGCCGAAAAUUAAGCUACUUAAGAAGCCGGAAAAAGAUGAAAGAGACUUUGACAAAAAGGAAAAGGCCAAGAGGCUGGAGAGAGAGAGCCUGCGAGAGGACAAGGCGGCCAGCCCAAGCGUUGGCAGCGUCCAGGCCAAGCGCACCGAUGGCGAGGCCAAAGAGGAAAAGGCCAAGAAAUUGGUGUUUUCUUCCCAGUUGGAGGACGACUAUGGGAAAGACUACAGGGAGAGAGAAUACGACCGGGACAGAGAGUACGAGCGGAUCCAGCGAGAUAAAUUUCGGCGGCAAGACGACGAGCGGCGGAGGCAGAAAGACCGCUUUGAGAAAGAGAGGGUUUUCAGGAGAAAAGACGACGAGGUGAAAAAGGAGAGAGACUCCUUGCGAGAGAAAGGGAAAAGGGCCGAAUUGUCCGACUACAUGGGCAAUGCAGAGAAGGCCUCCAAAGAGGACAAGAAGGAAGAGAUGGCCAAGAGGGACCGCAUUCGAAACAAGGAUCGGCCAGCUAUGCAACUCUAUCAGCCCGGAGCACGGAGCCGGAGCCGGCUGUCGGCGUACGACGAAAGCCCCGCGAAGUCCCCCGACCAAGGAGCCGAGAAGAAGCCCGAGUGCGAGGCCGGCAACGCGAAGGAGGCCGAGUGACAUCCCCCGCCCGCACGCCCGCCUGCAAGCCAAAGAGCAUGAACCAUGCAGCCCAGAAGUGCCUUGGAAGAGAAGGAAGGAAGGAAUACGGGGAGCCUUGACGGGUGCCAUCUUUCCGGCUUCAGAGUCCCAAUUCAGAGUCACACCCCAAUGCUUGUCUUGUCUGUCGAAUGGAGGAGUGGGGGGCAGCAAAAGGACAAGGUGAAGGAGACCCCCCCCCCCUUUUGUGAAAGGCUUUGAGUUCAGGAGGCUCAGGGUGGUAUUUGCACUUAAAAUACAGCCACUUUUGAGCCUCAUUGGUUGGCAGUGCGUUGUAUGCCGAGGGGAGGCGCAACAGUUUUGUUGAGUUGAGACAGUUUGCUAUGCAAGUGUGGGGGACACCUGUGUUUUGUUUUUCCAUUAAACAUUGGUGAGGCUGGAAUGAAAUAGCUAAGCUUUAAGUUGGAUAUAAAGAGAGGGUGUUUCAAGCAACAUCUCAUGUAACAUCCGGAUAUGACAUUUAUUUUCAAGGAAAUCUCUAUAGCCGAUUGUUGUCCCUGCUUGUUUUUCUCUUAUUCUUUUCCUAAUGCUCUUCUUCUGUUGUGCAUUGCAUUCCUUGAUGCAUUAGAGCAGCCUUCCCAGCUCAGGCCCUCGGGUGUAGCAGACUCUAAUGCCCACCCCCUUAUCUUUGCAUAUAGGAUAGAGCUACUGACCAGGAUGAUAGGCAUUGUAGUCCAGAACAUCUGAGGAAAGUGACAGCAGAACAGGCAGGAAUGAUGCAGCCUUCCCUUUCCUUUGUUAUCGGACAUUAAAACUCCCAGCAAUCAUUGGUGGGGAUGCUGGGAGUUGUGUGGACAGCUGUAUGAUUCUUACCCUUGUGUUACUAGAACAUCCAGAAAGAAGUAUUGUGGCUCUUCCUGUUAAUACAACAGCUAUUUUGUACUAAAUAAAACUUGAGAUGCCAUUUAAAAAGCUUAUUUUGAAAGUUGUUGUUGGGUGAGAAAGAAAAUAAAUCCUGUUUUUUGUGUC